AUGAGCUUGGAGGGCAGCCACGGCAGCGACGGGCGUCGCGGGGCGGACAGCGGGGACCCCGAGCCGCCGCCCCCGUCGGCGCCGCGCCCCCCGCCGCCCGCGUCCCCCGAGUGCGCGGCGGGGCCGGUGCGGCCCCCGGGGGAGGUGGCCCCGCGGCGCCGAGGGGCCGACGAGCGCCCGCCGCCGCCGCCGCCGCUCGCCGGCCCGGAGGCGGCCGCGGCUGGCGACUCCGGGGAAGGUCCGCGGGGUUCCCCGGAGACGGCGGCCCCCGAGGCGGCGGGCAAGGGCGGCCCCGGGAAGCCCGAGGCGGCGGCAGCGGGCGGGGAGGGCGAGCGGCGGGGCGCGGGCGAUCAGCCCGAGACGCGCUCGGUGUGCAGCAGCCGCAGCAGCAGCAGCGGCGGCGGCGGCGAGCGGCGCGCGGGGCACCAGCACCAGCACCACCAGCCCAUCUGCAAGAUCUGCUUCCAGGGCGCCGAGCAGGGUGAGCUGUUAAAUCCCUGCCGCUGUGACGGGUCUGUGCGGUACACACAUCAGCUCUGUCUGCUCAAGUGGAUCAGUGAGAGGGGCUCAUGGACCUGUGAACUCUGCUGCUACCGAUACCACGUCAUCGCCAUUAAAAUGAAACAGCCUUGCCAGUGGCAAAGCAUUUCUAUAACACUGGUUGAGAAAGUUCAGAUGAUUGCUGUAAUCCUAGGAUCCCUGUUCUUAAUAGCGAGUGUGACUUGGCUCCUCUGGUCAGCCUUCAGCCCCUAUGCAGUGUGGCAGAGGAAGGACAUCCUCUUUCAGAUCUGCUAUGGAAUGUAUGGUUUUAUGGAUCUAGUAUGCAUAGGUCUCAUCGUCCACGAAGGAGCUGCAGUUUACAGAGUGUUUAAACGCUGGAGAGCUGUCAAUUUGCACUGGGAUGUAUUAAAUUAUGACAAAGCCACAGACAUCGAAGAAAGUAGCCGAGAAGAGUCGUCCACAAGCAGGACUUUAUGGUUACCAUUGACCGCUCUGAGAAACAGGAACUCUGUCCACCCAAUGCAGCUCACCUCGCCGAGGUUUCAGUGCGGCUAUGUGCUGCUGCAUCUUUUCAACCGGAUGAGGCCCCACGAGGAUCUGUCAGAGGACAGCAGCUCCGGGGAGGUUGUGAUGAGGGUGACCUCAGUGUGACGGGCAGGUGCAGCGACGCAGCGGGGCCCGCCCCGCACAAUUUGGAAUGUAAUUGCAAUGAAUGGCAAAGCCACAGCACUUCUAAACACACACACACACCUAUGAACUUUUUAAAAUUUAUGCUUUUUAUAUGAACAUUUGAAUUGCAAAUACAUUUU